GAGGAGAUAACCAACUUUAGGAGUGAAGAUGUGGUUGGAUUCCAUGUCUUAAUAAAGAAUCUAAUGCAAGAGUUCAAGCUCAGCUCAACUCACAUUCCAGUGACCAUGAGGGAUAAUGAUUACUUAAGUCUUAACAUUUUUUGCAGUGUUGCAAUUUUCUCCUUGUUUGGUCUUUUAACUCGGUCCGUUUCCUUGUGCAUAUUAGCAGUGAAACAUUUCUUAAUCUCAGAAAACCAUGUUUGAUGCAGGGACCAGAAGGGGGGAGAGAGGUGGACAUCAUUGUUUCGUUUCUCAGCCUCAGAAAUGCAGGUUUCCUGCUGUGUAUCCUCAUAGCACCCUGUACUUCUCCCUGGCAGAACUUUUUAUGGUUAGAAAUGAUUUGUGUAGUUGUUUAGUGCCUAUCUUCUUCAACAGAAUGUUAAGUAUCUGUUGGUUUAAUUUACUGCUUCAUCACUAGAGUUAAGUACUGUCCCUACCGUGUAGUUGGCACACAAUAAGCAUCUGUGGAAUGAGAACUCAGGAUGGGAAAAUAUGUGUCUCCUGUACUAGGGACCUCAGAACUGGGCCAAGGAGGUGCCUUGGGUGAUUGCGUUGAGUCCCUGACAUGAUGCUGGAAGAGUGAGCACCAGAGGGAUCUUCCCUGGUGCUCCAGUCUCCCUCUUCACAGGGACAUUCAGUCACCCAGGCCUCAUGUGAAAUUUGGUGAGUGGCUCUGAGGGAAAGAAGGAUUGCAUUCUCUCAGGUCCUCUUUCCCUAGACUCUCUGUCAUACAUCCCCUUUCCUCUCCUGCCUUUCUUUCUUCUCCCUUCCCCUUUCUUUCUAGCCUGGUGUCUCAAACUCCCAUGGAGCUCUUUUCUUCCCCACGCCAUCACCUCCAACAGGUGGCCUGACUUAGCACUCCACAUCAUCUACAGACCUCUGAUUGCCACAGCUGAAGUUUUGCUGAUGGAUUGCAUCAGGACCAUGUGAACACUCCAUGUCUGGACUACACUCAGCAAGGAGAUGUGGUCAUGGUCUCAGACCCAAAUUUCCAGGCAACUAAAGAUUAACUUCCUCAUUUUUGUUGAUGGUAUCAUCUGCCUCCCAUCACAUGGGUUAGAUUGGUUCCCUCUAUCUGUCAAUCUUCUGUAGAAGGCAUAGACCAGUGGUUCUCAACCUGUGGGUCGCGACCCCUUUGGCGGUCGAACGACCCUUUCACAGGAGUAGCCUAAGACCAUCCUGCAUAUCAGAUAUUUACAUUAUGAUUCAUAACAGUAGCAACAUUACAGUUAUGAAGUAGCAACGAAAAUAGUUUUAUGGUUGGGUCACAACAUGAGGAACUGUAUUUAAAGGGCCAGAAGGUUGAGAACCACUGGCAUAGACACAUGGACUUGGAUGUCCAGGAGGGUCUUCUAGAAAGGGAGGAAAGCUGAGGGUCUCAUUUAAAAAUUUCUUUUAUUAAAAGAUGGCAGCUGCAAAUAGUAUUCCAGCAGGACUUGUGAAAUCGGGGAGGUGCUGGGAAGGAAGUAAAAGGCUAAAGUGGGUCAUUUUUAUGGGGUUACCUACAGCUUCUCUUUGAGGCCCCUGAUGAAGUAGAACAAAAUGCCAUUUUCUUGGCUUCUGAGCUGGGACAACUGCAGCAGAACUUCUUUACAUCCAAACCUUCCAAUGGAUCUGGCUUGUCCAUUCUGAUGUUUUGAGAAGCUAGGGCUUGUAGAAGCCCCUGGUGCAGUGCAGUGGUGUUUGUUAUAUAAAGACAGGCAGGGGAGGACUCUCUGGGGCUUAGCCUACUCUGGUCUGCUUGCUUGGUCCAAACUCACACGUUUGUUGUUGCUGAAAACUUGGGCUACUCAAAUUUCAGAACUUUUGCUAUGCAGAUGACUCUGGUGGUAUAUUGGUGAAGGUUAAGCUCUUAUAGAUAAGUGAUUUCCAAUGUCUUCCAUUGAGAAUAAUUGCCAUAGCGAGAUAGCACUACUUAGAGAGUGUAUCCUAUUGUUUAUGUUUAUUGGGGUGGAAAAGGUUGAGAGUCACUAUGUGGAAUACGGAAGGUGGUUUGCAGCUUGCUUCUUCCUGUCGAAUCUGGACUAUAAAUGAUCCCCAAAUUCCUUCCUCUAGAACAGCGGUUCUCAAUCUGUGGGUCGCAACCCCUUUGGCGGUCGAACAACCCUUUCACAGGAGUUGCCUAAAUAUAUCUCGUAUGUCAGAUAUUUACAUUAUGAUUCCUAACAGUAGCAACAUUACAGUUAUGAAGUAGCAACGAAAAUAAUGUUAUGGUUGGGGGUCACCACAACAUGAGGAACUGUAUUCAAGGGUCGCAGCAUUAGGAAGGUUGAGAACCACUGCUCUAGAACAAGCAUGUCAAACUCGCGGCUGGUGGGCUGCAUGUGUGACAUGCUUGCUCUAGAAUAUGGGAGGUGACUUAUUCCAGGGGAACUUAUAUGGAGAAUUUGCAGGGAGGUGGACCACAAGUUUUUAUCCUACAGACUUUGAUGUCCCUAGGCUCUUUGUCAGGGCCCAGUAGAUCCAAAUAGCACAAAGAAUCUGUCUGGGAGGGGAAUUGUGUAAAAAGGGAGCACAGUGAUGGUAGAAAUGGGGUAAUUCUCUUCUCAAUGCCUGAACUAGGAGAGCAUGUGACCAAAAAAUUCAUCCCAGUGAAGCAAUGGGACCAAUGCACCAAGUAGACUAAGGGGCAUCAUCAUUAAGAUGUCUUUGGAAUUUGAUGGGCAACAAGAAGGUGCUUUCAUUCCAGGACUUUUAUAAUACCCUCACACUGAAAUGACCUUAUUCUGUCUCAUUGGUGUCAGCUGAAAUGGAAUGGGAGUGGAUGCAGAAAGUUCUGGGACUCUUGUGCCCCUGGGAAAACAGCAGCAGAGUCCUGGAUGAAGGUAUAUACCUUAAACCUGAACUGCUGUGCAUGAGCGGAAUGCACAAGGAUGGAUGCUAUGGACUUUGGGGGACAGCCCUGACUGAGAAUACAGCUGAGAACCGGGAACUUUAUGUCAAGACCACCCUGCGGGAGCUUUUGGUGUACAUCGUGUUCCUGGUGGACAUCUGUCUCUUGACCUAUGGAAUGACAAGCUCCAGUGCCUAUUACUACACCAAAGUCAUGUCUGAGCUCUUCUUACAUACCCCAUCAGACACCAGAGUCUCCUUCCAGGCCAUCAGCAGCAUGGCAGACUUCUGGGAUUUUGCCCAGGGCCCACUACUGGACAGUUUGUAUUGGACCAAAUGGUACAACAACCAGAGCCUGGGCCGUGGCUCCCACUCCUUCAUCUAUUAUGAGAACCUGCUGCUGGGGGUUCCAAGGCUGCGGCAGCUGCGGGUCCGCAAUGACUCCUGUGUGGUGCAUGAGGACUUCCGAGAGGACAUUGUGAGCUGCUAUGACGUCUACUCUCCGGACAAAGAAGAGCAGCUCCCCUUUGGGCCCCUCAAUGGCACAGCGUGGACAUACCACUCACAGGCUGAGCUGGGGGGCUCCUCGCACUGGGGCCAGCUCACAAGCUACAGUGGAGGUGGCUACUACCUGGACCUUCCGGGAUCCCGGCAGGGCAGUGCGGAGGCACUCCGGGACCUUCAGGAGAGCCUGUGGCUAGACAGGGGCACUCGGGUGGUCUUCAUCGACUUCUCAGUCUACAAUGCCAACGUCAACCUUUUCUGUGUUCUGAGACUGGUGGUGGAGUUUCCAGCUACAGGAGGUGCCAUCCCAUCCUGGCAAAUCCGCACAGUUAAGCUGAUUCGCUAUGUCAGCAACUGGGACUUCUUUAUCGUUGGCUGUGAGAUCAUCUUCUGCAUCUUCAUCUUCUACUACGUGGUGGAGGAGAUCCUGGAGCUCCACGUCCACCGACUUCGCUACCUCAGCAGCAUCUGGAACAUUCUGGACCUGGUGGUCAUUUUGCUCUCCAUUGUAGCCGUGGGCUUUCACAUAUUCCGAACUCUUGAGGUGAACAGGCUGAUGGGGAAGCUCCUGCAGCAGCCAAAUACAUACGCCGACUUCGAGUUCCUCGCCUUCUGGCAGACACAGUACAACAACAUGAAUGCCGUCAACCUCUUCUUUGCCUGGAUCAAGAUAUUCAAGUACAUCAGCUUCAACAAAACCAUGACCCAGCUCUCCUCCACGCUGGCGCGCUGUGCCAAAGACAUCCUGGGCUUUGCUGUCAUGUUCUUCAUCGUAUUUUUCGCCUAUGCCCAGCUCGGCUACCUGCUUUUCGGGACCCAAGUGGAAAACUUUAGUACUUUCAUCAAGUGCAUUUUCACUCAGUUCCGGAUCAUCCUUGGGGACUUUGACUACAAUGCUAUCGACAAUGCCAACCGCAUCCUGGGACCUGCCUACUUUGUCACCUAUGUCUUUUUCGUCUUCUUCGUGCUUCUGAACAUGUUUCUUGCCAUCAUCAAUGACACAUAUUCAGAGGUCAAGGAGGAGUUGGCUGGACAGAAGGAUGAGCUACAGAUUUCUGACUUCCUGAAACAGGGCUACAACAAGACCCUACUGAUGCUGCGUCUCAGGAAGAAACAGGUUUCGGAUGUGCAGAAGGUCCUGCAGGGCGGGGAGCAGAAGAUCCAGUUUGAGGAUUUCACAAACACCUUGAGGGAACUGGGGCACAAAGAGCACGAGAUCACUGAGCUCGCAGCUACCUUCACCAAGUUCGACCAAGAUGGGAAUCAUGUCCUGGAUGAGAAGGAGCAAAAACAAAUGCAACAGGACCUGGAGGAGGAGAGGGUGGCCCUCAAUGCUGAAAUUGAGAACCUGGGCUGGUCCAUUGUGAGGAGUUCACCAGGCAAAUUGGGUCCAGAGGCUCCCGGAGCAGGUGACUGGGUUUCAGGAGGAGAAUUCUACACGCUCGCAAGCAGAGUUCUGCAGCUGGAGUCUGUCCUGGAAGGAGUCCUGGCUCAGGUUGAUGCUGUGGGCUCAAAGCUAAGCAUGCUGGAGAGGAAGGGGCAGCUGGCUCCCUCCCCAGGCAUGGGGGAGCAGGCAUUUGGGAACACCUGUAGCCAGCCCCAGCUGUGAUUCCAGACCCCUGGGGAGUCGAGGGUGGGCAGGACAAUGGUGGGGGAGGGCUCCAAAAGCAUCAGACAGCAGGCUCCUCUCUCACUGCCUUCCCAGAGGCCCCCUCUGCACAUUCCCUCUAUUUCUAGGGCAACGGUUCCCACCAUUGCUGCCGCCAAGUCCUACCCUGUGCCUGGCCUUUGAAGCCCAUGUUUCUGUGUGUAACCGAGCGUCAUGCUGAGGCUUGUGACUCAGUGUUUCUGUGUGUGGCUCUGCAGCUCUGCAUAGCUCUGUGAAAUAGUAUCUCCCACUGGGCCUCUCACACCCUGUGCUUCCCAUCUCUGCUGUAGUGAUUAAACAAACCAUCAAAAAGGUCAAUAACAAACAGAAUAAAGGAAGGGAGGGUAAUGAUUUCCCCAA